AUUUCUUUACAGGCGGACGAUGACUGAGAAAAGAAGUUGGGGGAAAAUGUUUAGAAGAAGAAAGCAAGUCCUUCUCUUUCUCUCUCUGUGAGGAGGCAGUAAACUUUGUUCCUUUCCUUGGAGUUUAGUCGGUUGCGGUUUCAUCGUGUUUGUUUGGUUCCGCUACUUGGAGUUAUUAGCAUUCCUACAUGCUUUUACUGGCGCAGGGGUUUCUGGCUCUUGCUUGAAUGAACCCGAGGACUUCGAAGGGAAAGAGAAACAGAGAGAGUGCAGGGGCUUUUCUUUGAGACGCACGGAAAUAAGCUAAAUGCCAAAAGUAGUUGCAUCAUUUAUCUUUGUCGAUUUACAAUGCGUCUUGGAGAAAAGAAGGGGGGCCCUGCGACACUUUAAAGAGACGGCAUACAAGGGAGGCACUGGAGAGGGAGGACUCACCAACAGUCGCUAUUUAGAGAAGCAAGAAUGAUGGUGGGUUUUAUCAGAGGGUAAAUCCUCCUCUCUCAUCUCAAUUUGACGUCUUGAUUUCUUUGGACGGGAGGACGACUGGGGGGUUGAAGAAUUACGCGGAGAGAGAUGGGCUGCAGCCGUCGACUUUUAGUUUGGCGUCUCCUUCCUUCGCGCUAGACGAGAAAGGGAAGAAAACGAAUAGAAGAGGAUAAAAGCAGACGGUCUACUUGAUGAUGGGGAGAGCGACUGUGCCUUUGUGGUGUUGUGUUGAAUCUAGUGACACAGAGGAAAAGGUGGCCUUUGGAAAAAAAGUAGGAAGUAGAAGAUGAGGAAGACGAAAUAGAGGGAAGUAAGUUCUUUACAUGUGAGGAGGUCUCCGAAACUCCUCUUGUUUUUGAAGAAUUGGAGCUAUGAUUUCGUGGGAAGCCGGAGCCUUUCUUCUUUCCUGCCGCUAGCCCGCUAGGUGAGGAGAUCAAAUAUUGUCUGCCCAUCAUCCAACACUAUAAGCGCAGGCUGGAGCACGAUCCCGCAAAGCUACUUUGACACAGAGCAGGUGGUAAUCUUCGUGAAGAAGAAGAUGAUGAUGUUGAUGUAGAGAAAAGUGAGGCAUCAACCACAUGAAAAUGUCUUUGGACAUCCUCCUAUUUCCAAAGGAUUUCAACUAUGACGAUGUGAAGAACCAGAAUCUAUCUUCCCUCUUCCCUUUAGUUCAUUAUAUAUAGGGGAUCAGAUACCUUCUUCUCACCAUCCAUGGCCAUGCGGUCGGGCUUGGGGACGAUCCAGCAGACGCUCACAGCCGAAGCAGCGAGCGUCCUGAGUCAUUCGAUUGCUGAUGCAGGGCGUCGCGGGCAUAGCCAGACUACCCCUCUUCACGUUGCGGCAACUCUUCUCUCCUCUCCGAAUGGGUUUCUCAGACAGGCUUGUAUCCGUUCCCACCCCAAUUCCUCCCACCCUCUUCAAUGCCGCGCCCUCGAGCUCUGCUUCAGCGUGGCCCUCGACCGCCUUCCCUCGUCUGGGUCGGCCGUGUCCCAUGUAGCGGAGCCGCCGAUUUCGAACGCUCUCAUGGCGGCGCUCAAGCGGGCGCAGGCCAAUCAGCGCAGAGGAUGUCCCGAGCAGCAGCAGCAGCCUCUCCUCGCCGUUAAGGUCGAGUUAGAGCAGCUCGUUAUCUCCAUUCUCGACGACCCUAGUGUUAGCAGGGUGAUGAGGGAGGCGAGCUUCUCCAGCCCCGCUGUCAAGGCCACCAUCGAGCAGAUCAUCGCCAAUUCUCCCUCCCACAAUCCGAAGUCGGCCCUCGCUUCCAUUGGUGGUGUUGCCGGCUUCUCGCUUGUCUCCCAACGGCCGGCACCAGCCGGGAAUUUGUAUCUCAAUCCUCGAUUACAGAUUUGUGCUUCCCCUGCAGGGGACCGUCGGGUUGGUGGGCAGAGGAUGGAGGAUGUGAAGAAGGUGGUAGAUGUCUUGCAGAGGACGAAGAAGAGGAAUCCGGUUCUGGUAGGUGAUCACGAGCCUGAGGCGGUGAUGAAGGAGCUUUUGCAGAAGAUUGAAAGGAAGGAAUUAGGUGAGAUACUGAGGGACGUGCUGGUUGUCUCUGUUGAGAAGGAGCUGUCCACUAUGUGUACAGGAAGAAGCGAGGAGAAGGAGAGGAUUAGGCUGAAGAUAAAAGAGUUGGGAGUCCUGAUUGAGAGCAAGAUGAACGGCCAAGGUGGUGUUAUCUUCAACCUGGGCGAUCUUCGGUGGUUGGUGGAGCAGCAGGGGGGAGUUUCGUUCGGCGCUUCGGUAUCGGGGCCUGUCCAGGAGGUUGUGUCGGAGAUAGCUAAGCUUCUGUGCAGCCAUCGAGAAGGAGGCAAGCUUUGGUUGAUGGGGACUGCUACAUGUGAGACUUAUCUGAGGUGCCAGGUUUAUCACCCUUCUAUGGAGAACGAAUGGGAUCUGCAAGCCCUGCCUAUUGCGGCAAGGUCACCCGUCCCUGGGUUGUUUCCAAGGAUUGGAGGCAACGGGAUUCUGAGCAGUGGGAUCCUGAGCGGUCCCAUGGAAUCCCUUUCCACUCUGAAGGGUUUCCAGGUAAACCCCCUCUCUCUGAGAAGGUUCGAUGAAAAUGGCAACUCUUCUCUGGCGCGGAGGAUGACCUGCUGUCCUUCGUGCGUGGAGAAUUAUGAGAAGGACCUAGCCAAACUUGUGGCUAAUGAGUUUGAGAAGUCCUCAUCCGAUGCUAAAUCUGACGAACAGCACCAGCACCAGUUGCCAAAGUGGUUGCAGCUUGCAAAGCCUGCCAACGUCAAACCCGGUGAUCACCCUCUGCCCAAAGAAAAUGAAGACCAGUUGCGGAAACAAAAAUCGGAUGAAUUGCAGAAGAAAUGGAACGAAACCUGCAGUCGUCUGCAUCCUGGAUAUCGGCCUAUUGUUGGGACCGAGAAGCCUUCCCCUCUGACAUCAUCCUCUUUGCUUGAUUCUCAUAGUUCCACCAAUGGCAACGGCAAUGCCGGGAUCUCUGGCAGUAUCUAUAACUCCUCUAUGUGGAGAGAGCAAUUUCAACCCAAGUUGCAGGUGAGCAGGGGCACUAUUUUGCCGUUGGGUGCCACUAAGACCGCCAUCAAUCUGCCUUUGGAAACGGGAAGAUCACCGCCAUCAAGUCCGGUAAGAACUGACUUGGUACUUGGCGGGCCGAAGUUGUCCACGACCGAGAAUGUUGAACCUGCGGGCGCCUACAAGGACAGGUCGAAUAAUUUAACAGGCCAUGUUUCUGCGCAGCGGGUUUCCGAUCGAUGCAACCUGAAAAUUGCCUGCACACUGGAUGAAGAUUCGUUUAAGAGGCUCUUCAAGGGCCUCACCCAGAAGGUGAGUUGGCAGACAGAAGCUGCAACUUCGGUGGCCACAGCAGUCACCAAGUGCCGGUCUGGAGGUGGGAAACCGAGGGGUGUAGGGAUGAAGGGCGACACAUGGCUGCUGUUCCUCGGGCCAGACAGGGUUGGGAAGAAGAAGAUGGCAGCUGGACUGUCCGAAUUAGUAUUCGGCACCAGGCCUAUAUGCAUUCGGUUGGGACUUUCCGACGCUGGUAACCAUCAUGAGGAUGAUGGUGACGAAUGCUGUCCGAGGACGAGGAGGAGAACUGUUCUGAACAGGAUAGCUGAUGCAGUCAGGCGAAGUCCAUUCUCUGUUUUGGUGCUGGAGGACGUCGAUCAGGCCGAUUCUCUGAUCCAUGGCAGCUUGAUCCGGGCAAUGGAGAGGGGUAGGCUAUCUGAUUCUCAUGGCCGAGAGGUAGGGCUCGGCAGUGUAAUCUUCAUCCUCACUGCUGAAUGGUUGCCAGAGAGCCUCAACAGCACGACACCAGAGUCCGGUAAGUUUAACGAGGACAGAUUGGCAGCUGCGGCAGCCUCCUACCGGCCGCUGCUGCUCUCAAUUGGCAGCAGCAGCAGCCUAACUGUAGCAAGAAACAAGCGCCGGCCUGCCUGGCUGGAGAAGGAAGAAGGUCGGGCACCUACGUUGCAGAAGCCGACACUGGCAAUCGAUUUGAACUUGUCAGCAGACGAUAGUGACGCCAUCGACAUCUCCCAUGGCUCCCGCAACUCUAGUGACCUCACGUUCGAGGCCGGCUUCAGGUCGCCGCAUUGUGCAGCAAUGAAGGAAUUAGUAGGCCGAGUUGAUGAAACCAUCACGUUCAAGCAAGUCGACUUCGAAACGAUGUCCAAGAGCAUCGCAAGCUCGCUGAAGACUAGAUUUGCUGGGCAGGUCGGAAAGGGUACGUUGGAGGUGGAAGAGGAGGCAUUGGAGCAGUUGUUGGCCGCAAUUUGGUUCGGUCCUGGCUCCGGCGGAAUCGAUGAGGUGGAGAGCUGGGCGGACCGGGUACUGGUGCCAGUUUUCCGGGAGAUGAAAGACGGAUGUGCGGUGAAGGAAGACGGCAUGAUCCGACUGCUGGUGGCUGGUGCAGAGGCGGAAGCGUCACGGCCGUCCAGCGGGAAUUGGCUGCCCAGCCAAAUUGCAGUCACCAGGGGCUGACACGAGAAACCGCUAACGGUUAGGCCAGGGCAGUCAGGACACCGGACGGGAACCUGGUAGUGCUUUUGCCAUUUAUGCGAUGGUCGGCAGUCUGUCAGACAAUACUGAAGCGUGAACGGCCAUAUGGGUGGGCUUCAUCUCUUGUUCAACGUGGCUACUUGAUCGGGGAACCGAAUUCAAUCUACAAUCCGGGCGAUUAUAGCAGUUACAUAAUCUAAUUUGCAAAUUAUCUGGAUGGUCUAUCUUUCUUAGCAGAUUUUGACGCCGGUGGCAAUAGACAUGUCUCGUAAGGGUCAAUUGAGUAGAGAAAAACAGCCAACCAAGAAGUUAGCAAGCCAUUGACAGAAAAAGAGAAGGAAAAGUAAACACUUGAAAGACAUUGAUGGAUUCGCUGCUUCACAAGAGUUUGUGGCCCUGCUUUCCAAUUUUGUUGUGCAAUUCGCAAUUGGCAAAGUGAUUUUUGAUUGAGUUACCGAUCGUUGGAACUUACAAUGAUCAGAAUAUGCCUCAACACAGUACAGUGAGCGCCCCAUUAUCCCUUGCUUGGGAAGCACCAUUGUGUAACAUAGAUCCUCUUUGGGGCUUUCUUUUCUUUUUUAUAGUAAACGUUUCUUAGCUAGAAAUUUUGUUAAACUUGUUCUCUUGUUUGCAAUGUAUAGGUACAUAUUGAUUCUAUUCUUGCAUUCUACAAUAAGAUAUACUUGGAAGAGUAUUUUUUUUUCUUUAAA